AUGGGCGAGAUCGACACCGAGCGACAAAAGCUGAACUGCUUCCGCCUUUUGCCUGCAUGUCUGCAUGCGAGGGGGGGAAACUAUCGUCUAGGAGUUGAGGCUUCGGGCAUGAGAGAGCUGGGAGCCACCGUGGUGCCAGUGAAGAGCGGCAGUCGCACGCUCAAGGAUGCCGUGAACGAGGUGGCCUUGCGCGACUGGGUGACCAAUAUCCGGACCACGCACUACAUCAUCGGCUCCGCUGUGGGACCGCACCCUUUCCCCGACAUCGUCCGGGACCUGCAGGCCGUGAUCGGCAACGAAGCCCGCGCGCAGAUGCUCAAUCAGACCUCUGGCGAGUUUGGCCACCCCACCUUUACAAAUGGCCCGGGUCGCCUGCCAGACGUGGUCGUGGCCUGCGUCGGGGGUGGCUCCAACGCCAUCGGCAUGUUCACAGCCUUCCUGGAGGAUCAGAAGGUGCGCAUUGUCGGUGUCGAGGCUGGCGGGGAGCAUGGUCCGUGGCUGCCCGAUGGCACCGAGACGGACAAGCACUCCGCCACGCUGACAAAGGGCAGCAUCGGUGUCCUCCAUGGCUCGCGGACAUACCUGCUCCAGUCGCCGGAUGGUCAGAUCAAGGAGACCCACUCCAUUAGCGCUGGCCUGGACUACCCGGGUGUGGGGCCGCAGCAUGCCUCCCUCAAGGCAUGCGGCCGGGGCCUUGGCAUUGAAGAGGUGAUUUGCAACUGCUGCGCAGCAGAGUCGGAAGCAUUUGCUGAUGCAGACCAGCCAGUCAGGGAACUGAAAAGACACUUGCAAAGCAGCCACUGCCACCGACCAAGGUUCCAGCAAAGGGUCCUGUGCCCAAAUGGCAAGAUCCUCGAGGACACGGAGUCAUUCACCGAGUUUGCGGAGUUGCGGUUGGUUCUCCUCAGCCCCCCGAAGCGUGCUGCGAUGGACGACGAGCUCGUGACGGCAGCAACGGCUGGUGAUGUCAUGCAGGUUGAGGCCAUCCUGCAACGGCCCCAGACUGCCACUGCAAUGAACAGAGCUGGUGUUCCGGCUCUCUAUGCCGCAGCAGAAGGAGGACAUGAGCAUUCAGCUCGGGCUUUGCUUGAAGCAGGUGCAAGUGUGAAUAUGGUUAGUCUUCGGCGUGAAGCAACGCCACUCUUCGCAGCAGCGUCUGGUGGGCACGCGGCACUCGUCGAGGAGCACGGGGACGCGCUUGCGAAGUUCUCUGAAUGGUGGCACGCAAGGACCAGCGUACAUGCGAUGCGAUUGUUGAGAAUCGGCCUUGGUGAGUAUUGGUGA